GCUUCGCUCUUGCGAGAAUGUCGCAGAGUUCAGUGCAUGAGGAAUCCCCGUUGGAGCCGUUGCAGCAAUUGGAACGCGUUUUGAAUGUGUUGAAUCAGAUGUGCAUCGGAUUCAUAACCAUCUGUAUAUCGUAUCUGACACUGCGCACGGGCCUCGAGGGCACCGGAUUGCAUGUCUGGCUGGUCACCAUUGGAUUCUCCUUCUUCAUGGCCGAGGGUGUUAUGGUCCACUAUGGCGGCAAUGUGCUAACCAACAGUUACAAGCGUUCCACAAAAACAACAAUCCAUUGGAUACUCAUGAUCCUGGGCGGUGGCUGUGGCGCCGCCGGGGCUCUAAUCAAAAUGAUUCAAAAUGGGUUUCUGCUCAAAUCCACGCAUGGCAUAUUGGGCUUGACUGCCUUCAUACUCUGCCUCUUGGCCAUGAGUUCCGGUUUGGCUGCUCUCUGUUCGAUGCGGGUUAAAAAACUGAUCACGCCCCUGCUAAACAAAGCAUUCCACAAUUUCCUGGGAGUCGCCUGCUUUGUUGUUGCAUUGGUCACCCAGUAUUACGGUUACCAGACGGGUUAUUUUACGAACCGUGCCGAAGCGGAUCUCCAAGUCUUGAUGAAGUGUUUAACACUCAUCUCAUUGCUCCUUUCCAGCUUUGGCCCCCUGAAAUCACUCUAUAUUCGAGUGAAAACUAUUUCAAAGCAGCUAUAAAUAAGAUGCUUUCGCCAUAGCUUUAAGUAUGACUGUAUGUUUGAUCCAUAAAUGAAGUGUUUACUGUACUCAUGAACAAGUCAGAAUGAAUGACUUGUAAGCUCUGACGGAAUCCAGAGGGCUUUCCACUGUGCUCCACUGAUAACUGUGGAACUCACCUAUCUUUAAGAAACACUAUGUUGACAACCUAAAUUUAAUUA